AGUGAUAAGAUUGGGCUUGGCUUCUGCCACUCAAAUGAGUGACCCAUCUUUAUGCACAAACUGCACAUCGCCGGAGAAAUGAGCUCAACUACCGCUUCGUCAGCUGCCGCCGCGGCUAGUGCGGCUCUUUUCCGGCUCAAGCCUAGACGAGAAGAUCUCCAUAAUAACCUUCAUUUCCGUGUCAUCAAUCCUAACACUACUUCAAACCCCGGAGCUAAACCUCGGCCACAGAAAACCAUCAUUACCGUCUCAUCUCAGAUCCUCCGGCGGAGAGAGACAGCCUUCUCCAUUGCCGGCCUGUGCCUGGCCUCCGUUUUCGAUCCCUCCUCUCUUAUCCUUCCUUCUUCGGCCAUUGCGGCCGAAAGACCGGCGGAGCCGGACUGCCUCCUCACGGUUGCUCCCUCUGGCCUCGCCUUCUGCGACCGGGUAGUUGGAUCUGGCGUUGGACCAUCCAAGGGCCUUCUCAUUAAAGCGCACUAUGUGGGGAGAUUGGAGAAUGGAAAGGUGUUCGAUAGUAGCUAUGAUAGAGGGAAGCCGAUCACGUUUCGAGUUGGUGUUGGUGAGGUGAUUAAAGGAUGGGAUCAGGGUAUUUUAGGUGGUGAAGGAAUCCCUCCAAUGCUUGCGGGUGGCAAGCGCACAUUGAAGCUUCCUCCAGAACUUGGAUACGGGAUCAGAGGUGCAGGUUGCAAAGGAGGUACUUGCAUUAUUCCCCCGGAUUCAACUCUCUUGUUCGAUGUUGAAUUCAUAGGCAAAGCAUAACUUCCUGCAUCUUCUUGAAGAAUAAGAACUUUACAUAAAAGAAAACCAGAGAGAAAGGGAAAAUUAUUUUUCAUUUGCAAGUUACCAAAUGAGAGCACUUGGCAUAGAUCAAUGUGAUAAAGGUGGAGAAAACAAAACGGAAAUGGCAAAGAGAAAAUACUUCUGGUGAGCCAUUCUAUAAUUAAGUGAAAAUUUGCUGAUGGAUUGUUCUAAACUAACCGUAAUUUAUAGGCUACUGAACCAACCUUUGCUUUCAUCUGAUAACGAUCAUAAUAUGGUAGUUUCAUUCUAUU